AUGACGGGUAAUGACGCGAACGGAUUGCUCGUCUUGCUACAGCCCGAUGGUCAAUGGUACUAUCCCCCGACAGAUAUUUCGACAUCUAUCCCGACCGUCAUCUCCCCAGACCAGAUCACAAUCCCCGUGUCAUCCGACUCUGGCGAAACGACAAACCUCACGAUCCCUAUACCCGUGUCCGCCGGGAGGAUAUGGCUCGCCCAGGGAACUUUGCAGUUCUCAGUCGUCCUGGGCGCAACGGGCCCUGCGCUGGUCGAGCCGUCGGUCACAGGACCCUCGCAGAAUUCCACCAGCUGGGGCUUUGUAGAGCUCACGUACACCGCGGACGGUAUCGUCUACAGCGACAUCAGCUACGUCGACUUCGUGAGCAUGAACCUGGGACUCGUCCUGACGGGCGCCGACAUGGGGACCCAAACGACUCCGGGCCUGGAGCCGAACGCGAUUCAGACCCUCUGCGAGGGAUUAGCAAACCAGACCGCGGCAGACGGGUACCCCUGGAACGAGCUCUGCGUGACCGACGCGCAGGGCCAGCCGGUCCGUGUCCUUGCUCCGGCCGACUAUAUGGACCUGAACCCGGACGCCUUUGCGGACUACUGGUCCUCGUACGUCGACCAGGUUUGGACCACUUACGCCAGCCAACCGCUGAUCAUUAACAGUCAGUCCGAGCUGGGCAACAUUUCAUGCACUGUCAGCGCCAGCGACGACCUGCUCACCUGCACCGACGACAGUGACGCAGGCACGAUCGCAUCAUUUGCACAGCCCUCCGCCAUGGACAUUUUCAGUUGCGCCACUGGUCCCUUCGCGCUUGACUCGGCUGCGACGGACCUGCAGCAAGCGGUGAUCCCGCGCCUCUGCGCCGCGUUCAAUCGCGCGACACUUCUCAUCGACGGCGGCAACGUCCAGCCCGACGGCGCCAUGUCCGAGUGCUACUAUACCGCGCCGACGACCAACUGGUACAGCAAGCUCGUCCACCAACUGCAGCUCGACGGCCGCGGCUACGCCUUUGCGUACGACGAUGUCACGCCGGACAACGACGCGAAUGAUGCGCAGAACGAGUCUGGCUUGGUAGCCUCGGCGGAUCCCGAGGGAUUGCUAAUAAUAAUAUCGUCAUGA